UUGCCCCUACUCCACACCUCCCCCCCUCCCCCGCUUUGGAAGGGAUUGCCUUUUUUUUCUCUGCGGCGGCGGAAAUGACAGUGUGGUGCUGCCGUGGUGUCAUGGUGCUGCCUCUGGACGGAGGGGCGAAAACUCUUUAAGUUUAGCCUGAGAGACCCAGAGGUGGUAGCGUCGCAGUCACCGUGCUGUCCCCUGCGGGGCGCGCGGAUCCUGGUUGCUGAGCGGCGGCGGCGGCGGCAGUGAAGGCGGCAGCGGCAGCGGCGGCGGCGAAGGCAGGCGGCGGCCUAGAGUGUUGGUGGCGGCGGCGGCAGUGACGGCGGCCCGAGAGCUGGCUCUGGAGCCCCAGCCAGCUUGCUGCGGAGGCCGGCGAGCGCCCUGCGCUCCCAGGCGCGCGUAGGAGAUGGCUGGCACCCGGGAAUGCUAUGGGUGAAAGCCCAGCCUCUGUGGUUCUUAAUGCCUCAGCAGGAUUAUUUUCACUAAAGAUGGAAACACUGGAGUCUGAAUUGACCUGUCCAAUCUGCCUCGAGUUGUUUGAAGACCCCCUUCUGCUCCCUUGUGCUCAUAGCCUGUGCUUCAGCUGUGCCCAUCGCAUCUUGGUCUCAAGCUGUAGCUCUGGUGAAUCCAUUGAACCUAUUACUGCUUUCCAGUGUCCUACGUGCCGGUAUGUUAUCUCGUUGAACCACCGGGGCCUGGAUGGCCUCAAGAGGAAUGUGACCCUGCAGAACAUUAUUGAUCGCUUCCAGAAGGCUUCAGUUAGUGGGCCUAAUUCCCCAAGUGAGAGCCGCCGGGAGAGGACUUACAGGCCCAGCUCCGCCAUGUCUAGUGAGCGAAUUGCUUGCCAGUUCUGUGAGCAGGACCCACCAAGGGAUGCUGUGAAAACAUGCAUCACCUGUGAGGUCUCCUAUUGUGACCGUUGCCUUCGGGCCACUCACCCCAACAAGAAACCUUUCACCAGCCAUCGCCUGGUGGAACCAGUGCCAGACACACAUCUCCGAGGAAUCACCUGUCUGGACCAUGAGAAUGAGAAAGUGAACAUGUACUGUGUAUCUGAUGACCAAUUGAUCUGUGCCUUAUGCAAACUGGUGGGUCGUCACCGAGACCAUCAGGUCGCCUCCCUGAAUGAUCGAUUUGAGAAACUCAAGCAAACUCUGGAGAUGAACCUCACCAACCUGGUUAAGCGCAACAGUGAACUAGAAAAUCAAAUGGCCAAACUAAUACAGAUCUGCCAGCAAGUUGAGGUGAAUACUGCUAUGCACGAGGCAAAACUUAUGGAAGAAUGUGAUGAGUUGGUAGAGAUCAUCCAGCAAAGGAAGCAAAUGAUUGCUGUGAAAAUCAAAGAGACAAAGGUUAUGAAACUGAGAAAGUUGGCACAGCAGGUGGCUAAUUGUCGUCAGUGUCUUGAGAGGUCAACAGUCCUCAUCAACCAAGCCGAACAUAUUCUGAAAGAAAAUGACCAGGCACGGUUUCUACAGUCUGCAAAAAAUAUUGCUGAGAGGGUCGCUAUGGCAACUGCAUCUUCUCAAGUUCUGAUUCCAGACAUCAAUUUUAAUGAUGCCUUUGAAAACUUUGCUUUAGAUUUUUCUAGAGAAAAGAAACUGUUGGAGGGGCUAGACUACUUAACAGCCCCAAACCCACCAUCUAUCCGAGAGGAACUCUGUACAGCCUCCCAUGACACCAUUACAGUCCACUGGAUCUCGGAUGAUGAGUUCAGCAUCAGCUCCUAUGAGCUUCAGUACACCAUAUUCACUGGCCAGGCUAACUUCAUCAGCCUGUAUAAUUCAGUGGAUAGCUGGAUGAUUGUGCCCAACAUUAAACAGAACCAUUACACAGUACAUGGACUCCAGAGUGGGACACGCUACAUCUUCAUUGUUAAAGCCAUAAACCAAGCAGGCAGCCGGAACAGUGAACCCACCCGACUAAAAACAAACAGCCAGCCCUUUAAAUUGGAUCCCAAAAUGACUCACAAGAAGUUGAAGAUCUCCAAUGAUGGACUGCAGAUGGAGAAGGAUGAAAGCUCUCUGAAGAAAAGCCAUACCCCAGAGAGGUUUAGUGGCACAGGGUGCUAUGGGGCAGCAGGAAAUAUAUUCAUUGACAGUGGCUGCCACUACUGGGAGGUGGUCAUGGGUUCCUCAACAUGGUAUGCAAUUGGUAUUGCCUAUAAGUCAGCUCCAAAGAAUGAAUGGAUUGGCAAGAAUGCAUCCUCCUGGGUCUUUUCUCGAUGUAAUAGUAACUUCGUGGUGAGACACAACAAUAAGGAAAUGCUGGUGGAUGUGCCCCCACAGCUUAAGCGCCUCGGUGUCCUCCUGGAUUAUGACAACAACAUGCUGUCUUUCUAUGACCCAGCUAACUCUCUUCAUCUUCAUACCUUUGAUGUGACCUUUAUCCUUCCAGUUUGUCCAACAUUCACAAUCUGGAACAAAUCCCUAAUGAUCCUUUCUGGCUUGCCUGCCCCCGAUUUUAUUGAUUUUCCAGAGCGUCAGGAGUGCAACUGCAGGCCUCAAGAAUCUCCCUAUGUGUCUGGGAUGAAAGCUUGUCACUAAGUUUCAAGAGAGCAGAGAAUUCACUGGCUCUCCAGUUCAGCAGUCCUUUCCCUCUUAAACUUUGGUUAGUGCUCAAUAAUAUGAGACAAAAAGUAAAGUUUAUUUGAAGCAUCCAAAAGAGCUAGUUAUUGUAGAUUUAAUUUUUGUGCACAAAAGCUUGUAUUUGAAUUAAUAUAUGGAGUUUCUCAGAGCAAAUUUAUCUGAGUAGUCUGGGUUUCAGGCACUGGAGAAGAAACUUAGACAAUGUCUCCAUUGUCACUGGAGAAUUAGAAAUUCCCAAUGAUUUCAGAGUGCAAAAAAUAUUAGAAGGAAUUAGAAUAACUCUAGGUAAAUAAUAUAGAAAGAUACUCUGAACAAGGAGCUAGCUAGCCAAAAGUGGGGAUGGUGGUCAGCCUUUCUAGUACUGGCCUAUGAGGCCACAUAGAAUUUUAAAUUUUAUCAAAUUAUUUUGCAUAUUGUAUUGCACUUUUAAUGAAAAAACGUACAAGCAAGGAGUUGUUGUAAGAAAAUCAUUCUUGUGCAUAUAUAAUAUAUAAAUCUGUCAUUUAUAUAAUAUAUAUGCACAAUAAAUUUCUUGAUUUGUUCAUUUGGGUAGAAAUUACACCAUUCAUUUUGAUCUCCUAAAAGAAAUAUCAAAACAAAUAUUCCCCCCCCCAUCCAUCCCUUCUUUUCUAUCUCUUGUCAAGACAUAAACAGGACAUGAACAGUGAGAAGAGCUCUUGGUUAGAUUAAGAGAGAAUUGGGAAGAAGUUGCAUAUGGAAUACUAUUGGUAGAUAGAAAUUUGCUCCAAGUAGAAGUGUAGCAAUUUCACUGAGGCUGCUUAAUGCUAUUUAAGGGCAAGGAGUGCAUCAAUCUGUUUAAAAUUCUGUCACACACCUUCACACCCUUGCUCUUUGCUGCACUAUUCACAAUAGCCAAGUUAGGGAACUAGCCCAGAUUCACUACAACUAAUGAAUGGACCAAGAAAAUAUGAUAAAUGUAUAUUUAUAUAUAUGUAUCUAUUCAUAUAGAUACACACAAAUACACACACAAUAGAAUGCUAGUCAUCCAUCAGGAAGAAUGAAAUUACAUCAUUUGCAGGAACAUGUAUUGUCCUGGAAAAAGAAAUGUUGAGUGAAAUAAGUCAGGCUCAGAAAGACAAAGAGAAUAUGUUUUCUCUCAUAUGUGGAUGGUAGACCUAAAAUAUAAAU